AUGUUUGGUUACAGACAGCACAGACAGAGGAGAAUGAGUGCAGAUGGACCUGCAGGGCCCACAGAGGACGAUUGUAACUUCAAACAUCUGCGAUGCACAGCAUGCAUGACUGCCAGCACCGUCUGCCAGCAGGAGGACAGACAUCACCAGACCCUUACCCCUCACGGACACACUGAACACAUCGAGUGGCAGCUUCUUCAGUGUGAUGCGCUCCUCAAAUGGCAUUAUCCUGGCUUUACUCUCGACAAUCUUAAUGAGGUCUAUCAGGCUCUUUCACAGACUUUCCAGUUUGCACAGAAUCCUCCUCCUGGCCCGAGCUCCCAUCCUUUCCCUCUGCACACAGAAGUGCCCCAACUGCCCCCAGCAGCUCUCCCCAAGGGUCCAUCCGGGUCAUAUGAUGCCUUAUCCUCCUCCAGGAGUGCCCUACGGCCCUCCUCCUCCCCACAUGUCUAUGCAGGGUCCUUCUCAUCUGACUUACAACCCGCACACUUAUCCUCCAUUCCAGUAUCCUCUGCAGCUGCACCCAGGUAUGCAGACCCCCUUUCCCAUGACUUGUCUAAUACCCGUGCACCAGCCAAGACUUUUGGCGUCAAUGUGGAAAUUGUCACUGGCUUGAAGCUGCCAGCACCAGACAAGGAGGAUCUCACGGUAGGCUCAAGUGGGUUGACUUCAGGACGAGAUCGUGAUCCCGUAGAGCCCUCAGCACCUCGAGAUCAGACCAAGUGGGUUUCUGUUCAAGUGCAUCGCAACAGCAUCACUGCUCCUUCCCCACCCAUUACCAAUGGUGCACCUCCUGCCACAGACACCAUCCAUGUCUGGCUGCCCAAGGACUGCAACAUGGUGCAGAAGAUCCUGGACGUGUAUUUUACUUGGCUCAACUUCCACCGGCCGGUGUUUAUGUGCUCUGAGUUUGAGCAGAUGCUGAAUGCACUGUAUGAUGGGAGGCAACUGCUUCAUGAUGCAGGCUACAUUUGCAGCGUGUACCUUGUUCUCACACUCAGCACUCUGAGUGAGCUCAACCAUCACACAAGCAGCAUGGAGAAGGAGGGUGGGCAGGAGUUCUUCAAGCACGUGCUCUUUCCAGAUCUUCAUGUCAGCCUGUCAAGCCUGCAGGUGCUGAUACAUCAAGGAUGGACCUUGUGGCACCUCGUAGGCAGUCUUGUGCGAAUCACUAUCGAGUUGGGCCUUCAUUACAACCCAACGUUGCAGCAGAAUACCUUCUCCGAGGAGGAGUGUCAGUUGCGCAUUUGGCUGUGGACGAUCGUCCUUCUGUAUGACCGUGGUACAUCGAUUCUACUAGGCCACCUGCUUGCAAUUGCGCUGUCAGACUCAAACAUGCCACAGCCAUCACAGACCAAGUCGACAGACGUUUCGAAGCACUUUGUGCUGUCGGCGCCGAUCACAGAGAUUCAGGUAGACAUCAUCAACUUGCUGUAUGUGCCGAUUCGGCAGAGCGCGGAUGCGAUCAUGUGCCAUGUGACACAGAUAAUUAAGAGCAUGGCGUCGUUCAGACAGCAGCUGCCAGAGAACUACCAGUGGUUCUUUGGUGGGAUGCAGAUGUGGCCACUCGAGUGUAGGAUGAAGCUAGUCCAGGACAUUACAGAGGACCAGAGACUGAUGCUCUCGAGCGAGCUCGACUACAAUCCGCGUCUGCAAGCUUUGACAGAUGCUAUCAUCACGUCGCACAACAUCAUCAUCAUGUAUAACCAGCUCAUUUGCUUCCCGGACAUCACGUUCUUCGUAUCGCCCAUCCUGCUCCACAUCACCGCGAUGGUCAUCCUAUAUGGGCACAUGUCACACUGCCACUCGAUCAUGCAUCAGGUUGCACUGGGGGACAUCUUCCCCUGGCGAUGGGAGUGCAAGGACCUGAACGGUGGACACCCACUGAUCAUGGCACUCACCGAGAAGGUGCUCAACGUGAACCUGCAGCAGGUCACGCUGACGACUGUGCCGAUGCUGAUCUCCGAGUAUGUGUGGGAUAAGAAGAUCCUGUCACCGAAGGGCGUCGUGCAGGCGGAUGUGCCGCUGGUGAGCCCAUUGAUGGGGCCUGUGCAGUACGGGGGCACGCUGGCAUCGCCGUUCAGUGGACAGCCACUGAGUGAGAACAUGAGCAAGGGCAGCCCAGGUCAUGCAAACAUGGGGGGCACGCCUCGCACGCCGGUGGAUAAGAAGCUUUUGAAGGUGCCUGCGGAAAACCAGAACGUCACGACGGGUGCUGCUGCUGCUGCUGCUGCUGCUGCAGCCUCGAUGAGUGAGAACGGCGGGCAGGACUUUAAUGAUUUAUUGGUGGCUGCUGCGGCGUCACAGCCAAUAGGGACAUUUGGGUACCAGCUGUCACAUGAGUCAUACAUGCUGGAGGAGAAGGAUAUGUCGAUUAUGAAUAGGGCGAUGCAGAUGUGGCAUGUUCAGAGACCAGUAGCGCAGCAGUUCACUGUUCAGCCUCAGCAGCAGGGAUGA